AUGACAACGAUGACGACGUCGGCGGCGACGACGCCCUCGGGCAAGUCACAGUUCUAUAUACCGACACCAACAACAGCAACGCCAACGCCAACUUCGGCGAGUGCGCGUAAAAAAGUGCAAUUUAUGGUUGAGGAUAAAAUCAUAGCCAUGACCACGACAGCGACAGCAACAGCGACGACUGCGGAUGCAGCAGCAGCAUCAGCCACGGCGACAACUGAUGACAGCGAGAAUAAUGUGCUGCUUGUUGUUGGUGGCUCGACUGAUGAGACAACGAUGCCAGCAGCAGCAGCAAACUAUGAGUACUACAAUCGCAAGCGUAAUGCUGCAGCAGCAGCAGCACAGCAGGAGACAGCACAACAGCAACGGCAGCAACCAACAUUGUCAGCAUUGGGAUCUGACGUUGAUGAUGAGCAGAACUUUACAGCUUCCGCUGAGCCAACAACAACACAGACAACAACAACGGGAACAACAUCGCUGGCCACGCAUAUUACGCCAGAUAGUUUGCAUUAUGAAGAUGUGCUGCCGACGCCUGUACAUCAAAUAUUUGACAAUAGUUGCAGCAACAGCAACAGCAGCAACUCGCCUGCUGUUACUGCUGGCCAAGUCAACGAAAUUUCGUCGAGUUCCAAAUUAUUAUUGUCGUCGUCGACUAUGAGUCAUGCUGGGUCAACAGCAGCAACAGCUGCCGGAGCAUCCACAGCAGAAGUAACUGCAGCAACAGCCACAGCAGCAGCAACAGCAACAUUACCGCAUGUCAGUGCAAAUGUUGUCAACGCUUUAACAGCGGGCACAACAGCAGCGACAGCAACUGAAACUGAAGCUGAAGGAGCAGCAGCAGCAACCCAAAAGACGACAGCAGCAAAUCGCGAUUAUGACGAUGAUGACGAGCACAACGACAGCAGCAAGCAGCAAACUGAGGUUGCAGACAAGAAGGAGACAAAGGAGCUGAAGCAACUGGAGGAUAAAGCAGAGUCGGAGGCGGAGACAAAGACGAAGACGGAGACGAAGACGGAGUCGGAGUUGGUGCCGCGGGCAAGUGAAAAGCGUGCAGCACAAACGACACAAUCGCGAAAUCCCAUCAGACGCGCUCACAGCGAAAGGCAUUUGUCUGGCGCGCCCAACAAGAACUCGGCCGUGUCCGUGUCCCCAGCACAGCAGAAUGGCCAACAGAAUGGAAGCCAGAGCCAGAGCAGUCAGAGCAGUAGUCGGAGCAGCAGCGAAUCUCCGACACAGUCGCAGGGCAGUGGGCCACAGAAUGUCAUUUUAAAUUUUAAGGACACAAUGGCGCUGCGCAUAAAAAGCAACCGCAACGACUCGAGAGAUUUAUUUCAAAGGCGGCCCACAGAGCCGCCGCCACCGCCGCCGCCCCCAAAGACAGCGAUGACAACGCUUGCCACACCGACCGCAAACGGAUUAGCAGAGCAGCAACAGCCACAGCAAAUCAAUAAGUCAACUGCUGUUGCUGCUGCUGCUCCUCCUCGACAGCAAGCACAACGAACUGUGGUGCGAGUGGCGCCCUUUAACAAGCAAAGCAACGAGGUGCAUCGCUUGAAAAUCUCGCACAGCGAACAACAGGAAGAGCAUCAGCAGCUACAGCAGCUGUUGCACUCCUCUUCGGACCACAAUGUUGUGCUGUGGCAGCACUCACCACGCUUGCAGCAUGCCGCCGCAACGGCAGCAACGGAUGUGGCACCCAAAAAGACAUCGAUACUGAUUAAUGGCGAUGAUUGUUACUCGACAAUGAACCUCAGCGCCGAUGCAGCGCAACCGCUCUACCAAUCCUCGGUGGUGGUCAACAGUCAGGUGGCCAACAGUGUUUGCAUCAAUGUGAGCAGCGUCGAGCACGAGCACAAUUUGCUCAACACACUCCGCAGUCAACAACAGCAACAGCAACAGCAACUGGGAGCAAUCAUUCCAAUUCGAAGCAGCCUAGGGAACAACUCGGAGAUCAAUCUGCAACGUUCGGCCAGCUGCAUUUCAAGCACCUCGAGCAGCUCCACAUCGAGCAGCAGCAGCUCUAGCGGACGUGGACGCACUCUAAUAAGGUUGGACUACGAGAAGGAGAAGAAGGAGGCCAAGGCAACGAGCACCACGCCGAUCAAUACAACGCCGCCAGCAAUCAGCUCAAUGCCAGCAACACCGCCGCCAACAACAGCCACACCCACUGCCGCAUCUACGCCCUUGCCUACGUCAUCCUCUGCCACGCUGGUGCCGCACGAAACCGAGCUGCUGAAGAUACUACGCAACCCAGUCGAAGCCGUCAAACGCAAUCUGGUGCCACAUGUGUGUGGACUGCGUGUCUCGAGCAGCAGCAAGAAGCAACCAGAAUCACCAGAGACAACACCGACGAACAACAACAGUAGCUUCAUUGCCAAGCUGCUGCAGGAUCCCAUGCUGGGUCAGGUGGCCGAUGGCCUAGAGACCGAUACGGUGGCCGAACUGAUUGAGAACUCGUUGCAGCGGCUGCAGCAAUCGCGUCAGGCCAUCGACAUGAGCGGCACCAAAGAUCACGACGACAUGAAUCGCUUGAUUAGCGUCUCGCUGCAGCGUGUGCGUCUCGAGCGGCAACCAAUUGUAGCCACAGCAGCAGCGGCAACCAAAGAGGAGGAUCGUCUGUCGAAUCGCGGCAGCAUCAGUUCCGCCAAUAGCUUUGCCUCCGCCCACAAUUACGAGUUGUUCGACUUCGAAGCGGCGGCAAAUGAAUCCGAUUGCUAUCAGAGCUGCUCAAGUGAACUCACUGCAGCUGGCGUGAUCGAAGAGGAGCCAGCGGAACAACCGGAAGUGGAUGCCACAACGCGUGCCAAAUUCUAUCAGCUGCUGGUGGAUGCUACGCUGGCAGAGAUCGAACAUGCCACGCACGCGGAAGCUGAACAUCACUACGAAUCGAUACGAAUGAAUGGCGAUCCUAUCUAUGAGGAGAUCAACGAAGUGCCGCCUCCAUUGCCACUGACUGCACCGCCCUUGAACGAUGCCGAGCUGGAGAAGAAGGCAGCUCGCUCCAUAUUCGAAGGCGCCUCCAAGUACGAUAUACUCUCUUACCUAGUGGAUGCCAAGGAGCGUGGCUUAGCGCGCGAGGAGAGCUUCGAUUACAGCAACAAUCCGAAGAUCAUCGAGGAGGAGGCCACAGAUACGUUGAGUGAACUGGAGAAGCGUGUCAGCAGUAGCGACGAUAGUCACAGCAACAUGAGUUCGUUGUCGCCACCGCCGCAUACAUUCAUCUGCGGCAAGAGCGGCAGCGAUGUGGAGCGUCAGGAUUCGGGCGUUGGCUCCGAGACGAGCAAAUCCUCGCGCAGCAAAUAUCAACCUGCCGUGAGUCCUUUGCAUCUGUGUGAGGACUGCGAUGGCGCUGUGGAGACUCAACUGACUGAGGCGGGUGUUUUGUAUGCCCCGUUGGUGUGCCGCAAGUGUGGCAAGAAGCGUGUGGAGCGCAAAGAGAUCAUCACAGAGAUUGUGGAGACGGAGGAGAAAUACGGACGGGAUUUGCAGAUCAUACUCGAGGAGUUCUGUCAUCCGAUGCUGGUCGCCGGGUUGCUGACACAGGAGCAGCUCUCCGCCAUCUUCCUCAACACGGAAGACUUGCUGGAGAACAAUCAGACGCUGGCCGAGCGAAUGCGCGAUGCCCUGGACAUUGCCCUCGAGCAGGGCGAUGAUGAUCUACUCACGGUGAACAUUGGACGCAUCUUUCUCGAUUUUACCCAAAUGCUGCACGCCUUCGAGAGCUAUUGUGUGCGGCAGGCGGGCGCCAGUUUGCUGCUCGCCAAUCUCGAGAAGGAGAAGGAGUUGCUGCGCAUCUUCCUGAAGGUAUCGCAAAUGGAGAACGCUGUGCUGCGUCGCAUGAAUCUCAACUCGUUUCUGAUGGUUCCCGUGCAGCGUGUCACCAAGUAUCCACUGUUGUUGGCUCGACUGUACAAAGUGACGCCGUCACAUCUCGAUGGACGUGAGCUGCUCAAACAGGCGCAAGAGAAAAUUGAAUUGCAUUUGAAUCACAUCAACCAGGAGGCCAAGGAUGUGCCCACGAAACUCUGGCGUCGCAUCAGCUCCUCGAGUCCGAAUCGUCGCGCCUCCUGCGAAAUUGAUAUGAUAAACAUCAAGCUGCGCAAAAUGGCCAUCGACAUACUCGAAUGGAAUCACGAUGAGGUCCGCUUUGCCAUGGAGGGCAAACUGCUCUACACGCAGCCCACCGACAGCAACUGGAAGAAGGCGCGCACCAUCAAAUUGACCCCAGUCAAUGCGCUGCUCGUGACCAACGGCAAGCCAAGUGCCAAUUAUAGGGCAGAGAAGGCCAUGUCGGAUAAACUGAAUUUCCCGAAGCACACUGGCAUUCGGGAGGCCUCUUUGCUGCUGGUGAAGGAGAAAUGCGGACGCUAUACAUUGAUACGGGAGCCGUUGUAUCUGGACAGAUGUGUUGUGUGCAGCGAAGCGGAUUGGGAUGAUUAUUUCGAAGUGCAGGAAAUUUCAUCGAAGGACACAUUCAUAUUCAAAGCUGAGGAUGGCGUAAGGACGAAGCAAUGGUACACACAGCUGCAGUAUCAUGCCCAGGGAAUGGGAGCCUGGCGAAAGCGACGCAAUGCGUUGGCCAACAUCAUGAUCAACGGCAUGUUGGCGCGCAGUUAGUAGGAGGUCGAGACGAAAGACGGGGAGACAAUCGAUAAGCGGAUAACAAAUUAAAUAAAUAAAAUUACAAUUAAAAUGCAAAAAAAAAAGACAAUGGUAAUGAAAUUGACAAUGAA